GAGUAGGAUGAGAAGAAGGAUAAGGAGAAAAUGGAGGAGGAUUAGAGUGAAGGAGGAUGAGCAAAAGAAAGAGAAGGAGAAGCAAGAGGAAAAACAAGUGAAGAAGGAGGAUCAAAGGGAAAAAAAGAAGAAUGAGGGUGCAGAAGGAGCAGGAGAACAGGGAGAGAAUGAGAAAGAGAGAAAUUGGCUAAAAAAAAAGACAUGA